AACCGGGCCGAACCGGUAGCAUCCCACCCCUGAUCCUACCUUUAUUGCAAGGAAUGUCUUGGCCAAAAAAGCAUAUGGGUGAGUGGGACCUGAGUCCUUAUAUUACCCUCCUUCUCUAGGGCGGACAUGGAUAAGCUGUGGGAUCACCUGCAAGAUACAGAUUUGGGCCUGGAUAGCACUGAAUGGAAAGUGACAGAGCAAAGGAGCCACCUCAAAGCAUUGAAUGAAGAAGCAGACAAACUGAACCAGACCGUCAACUACCUUAGAAGUCAACUGGGAAAGAUGGUAAACGCCAGCUUCAGUGAGUCUUUCCGUAGCAUCGUGGAGUACUUCCAGCAAUCGGAACAGGCCCUGAGGCAGGCCAAUGCCUCUGUUCGAGGGCGUCAAAGUCCCGUGGUCCAAGCCAAACAUACCCGGGUGGUCACGGUUGAGCUGUUGAGACAAAGAGGAGAGGCUUUUGGCAAGAGGGCGGCUGCUCACCAAAGGACUCUGAAUAACAUCCAACGGAAGGUUGAUGCUCUCCGCCUGAACAAUAUAAACCAGAAAAUCUGCGGAGGUUCUGGAGAAGAGGCCUGUGAAGAAGCUUCUUGUGGAGGAGCUUCCUGUAAGGACAGUUCAGGCCAAAGGCACUGUGGAGGCCCUGGUUGUACUGGAGCUCUUCCUAUGUCCCUCAAGGCCCUACAUUCUGCCCAGAAUAUCUCACAGCAGCUGGAGACCACAGCAAGUCAGUUGGUCACCAUUGUUAACAAGGUGCAAGAAGUCCAGAACCUGGCACAGGAUGCCAGGAACCACGCUCAGGACAUCUUGGACCAGGCUCAAGGAGCUCGGAACCAGGUAGAGAAAUCCACAGCCAAGCUGAGGGAAUUCAUCCAGAAGAUAAAAGACUUCCUAGCAGAGGAAGGUGCUGAUCCAGAGAGCAUUGAGCUGGUGGCUCAACAGGUCCUGAACAUUCCCCAGCCCAUCAGCCAAAGUGAGAUCGACAGUCUGAUUAAGGAGAUCUUGGAUAGAAUUGGCCAGCUGAACAGAGUGGAUGUUAUCCUGAACUGUACUGUGCAAAACCUAACCCUUGCUAGAGAUUUGCUGACAAAAGCAGAACAGGCCAGGUAAGUGUUUCUGGCAGGAACAAAACCAACCCAUUUUAUUAAUUAAGUUUUUCGGUUAAAAAAACAACAAUGAUGUCACGUAUUUUGC